AUGGAAAAACCCUUGCCAAGGAAGUUUAAGAUGCCCCAAAUAACUCCUUACUCUAACAAGGAUGAUUCUUACGAUCAAAUGCAGAACUACGAGUCUUUGAUGAUGCUCCAUGGAUGGGACGACAAGAUAAUGUGUAGGGCCUUCCCGUUAACCCUAGUUGAGCAUGCUCGGCCUUGGUUUAAUGAUUUACCCGAAGCAUCCAUUUCCUCAUUCAGGCAGUUAAAAGCGAAGUUUAUUAAAGCAUUCAUUAUCAACAGUCAGAGGAAGAAAGACGCAACAUAUCUUCUUAGCAUUUGGCAGGGGAGCAAAGAGACCCUAUGCCAUUAUGUGGACAGAUUUCGAAAUGCUACACUUGAUAUUCGCAACCUACCGAUUGAGAUGGCAGUGUCUGCCAUGUUGCAAGGGGUGCAACUGACUUCUUUUCAAGAGUCUUUAUCUCUAGACCUGCCAAAAUCCUUGGCAGAUUUGUUCACCAAGGCCAAUAAAUAUGUACAUCAUACAGAAGUAAUGUGGACUGUGACAAUAGAUGAAGACAGGGAACGGAAAAGAAAGGAGCGAGAUAUUGAAGAAGACCUUAAUCGGCGACAAGAGAGGGCUCGAAGACUGGAUGAUGUCAGGCCCCAAUUCAAUCACUAUACCCAGCUCACCCAACCUCGUUCUACGAUAUUGGAAGCCAUAAAAGGAUUAGGCCUAAUCAGACUUCCAAAAAAGGUGGAUCGGCCUAUAGGGAAGAAUCAAGAUGAGUACUAUCGAUACCAUAGAACUGGUGGUCAUUCCACUGAUCAAUGUAGGGAGUUGAAAAAUCAAAUUGAGAUGCUUAUCUGGGAAGGAAACUUAUAA